AUGCCAACUGCUGUGGAAAACGAAUUUGAGGCCCUGAAGCCCGUUCACGGCAUCUCCAAGUUGGACGUGGACCUUGACGCCCAAAAGAUCACGGUCAAGGGCCACGCUGCGCCUUCCAAAAUCAUUGAAGCUAUCCAGAAGACUGGGAAGGACGCCAUUAUCCGCGGAACCGGCAAACCUAACUCUGCUGCCGUCGCCAUCCUAGAGUCGUUCGAUGAAGCCGAUAAACAGACCCCUGUCAAGGGCCUUGCUCGUAUGGUGGCCACUAGCCCAGAUGAAAUGUACGUCGACCUUACGCUCAGCGGUGUGAAGCAGGGAACGUACUAUCCAAGUAUCCGCGAAAGCGGAAACAUUUUCAAGGGAGCGCUGACAACGGGCAAGUCAAUAUACGACUUCCCGCCUAUCGAGGCAAAUACCAAGGACGGCGAGCUGUACAAGUGUCAGGAAUUUAUCAAGGUGCCUUUGGGAAUUUCGGGUCUGAUCGGCCGCUCGCUUGUUGUUUCGCACGAGCCGAAGAACGUUUUUUGGGAGAGCCUAUGCGGAGUAAUUGCACGCAGUGCAGGCGCCUGGGAAAACGACAAAUAUGUGUGUUCUUGCACCGGUAAAACGAUUUGGCAGGAACGCGUUGACGCUGUGGGCCGCGGAAUCUCGAAUUGA